UGCCUUGUCUCGUGACGUCAUUUCACAUUCAUCAUUCAUUUAUUCUAUUCCCAUAUGAUCCUCUACAUGACUUGAAGUGAAGUGAUAUUAAAAAGUGUACUUGUUCCUGCCAAUAUAUUUUUGUCAUGUGUGAAAUUCAGAAUAACAUAAGCAAUAACAAUUUCGAAAAAGUGUUUCUUUGUGUUUUACGUGCGAUGACUGAAGAUGCUUGAUAGAACAUUUUUAUCUUUCAUCAGACUGUGAUAAAGGAACUUUAUAUUAAAUCUUUCGAAACCAAGAGAAAACAACAUGGGUUUAUUACUAUCUAAGUUAUGGAGUCUAUUUGGGAACGAAGAACACAAAAUUGUUAUUGUUGGACUUGAUAAUGCAGGAAAAACAACAAUUUUAUAUCAGUUCCUGAUGAAUGAAGUUGUACACACUAGUCCCACAAUUGGUUCAAAUGUAGAAGAAGUUGUUUGGCGAAAUAUUCACUUCAUCAUGUGGGACUUGGGAGGACAGCAAUCAUUGAGGGCUGCAUGGAGUACAUAUUAUACAAAUACUGAAUUUGUGAUUGUUGUGAUAGACUCGACAGAUAAAGAACGAUUAUCUAUAAUUAAGGAGGAACUUUACAAAAUGUUAGCUAAUGAGGAAUUGUCUAAAGCGGGAGUUUUGAUUUAUGCCAAUAAGCAAGACAUAAAGGGCUCAUUAACUGCCUCAGAAAUAUCCGAAGAACUGAAUUUGACUUCAAUAAAGCAGCAGCAAUGGCACAUUCAAAGUUGUUGUGCUCUCACAGGAGAAGGGUUGUAUUCAGGUUUAGAAUGGAUAGCCGGAAGAUUGAAGAGAAAAUGACUAUAGGAGUAUGUGAUGAGAAUUUGAAUAAGUCGAAUUUUGUACAGAAUUAUGUGAUUGUGGAUGAUUCAAAUGUGAGCUUUCUCAUAUUGAGAAAGAUAAUUUCCUAUGUGUCAAAUGGUUCCAUCAACAUCAUUGAAAAAAAAAAACACCGUUGCAGCAAUUUAUUUGAAAGAACGAAUCAAGAAUCUUAUUCAUAAUUUCAUUUCAUUAUUAGAAAAUUGAUAAGAAAGUAUGUUGUGAUCAUAUUUAUAAUAUAAUAUACAAAUAAUGAAAGAUGAUUUCAAAUAA